AUGUCUAAGAAGCGUAAGUUAGAAGAUUAUGAAACAGUGAAGCUAACAAAAGAAUGUAGUGCCAUUAUCAAGAGACAAUUACCAGAAAACUUGAAAGAUCUGGGAAGUUUUACAAUUCCAUGUGUUACUGGUGAACUACAUAGUGAGAAGGCCUUGUGUGAUUUGGGUGCUAGUAUCAAUCUAAUGUCUCUCUCUAUCUUUCGGAAACUCAAUCUUGGAGAUUUCACACCAACUACUAUUUCCUUACAAUUGGCGUAUCGUUCUUUGACGUAUCCUAGAGGUAUCAUUGAAGAUGUUCUAGUGAAGAUUGAUAGAUUCAUUUUUCUGGUUGAUUUUGUUGUGCUUAACAUGGAGGAAGACCAUGAAAUUCUGAUAAUCUUGGGAAAACCUUUUCUAGCAACCGCAAAAGCUUUGAUUAAUGUACAUGAUGGUAACUUGACUCUAAUGGGUGAAUGGCGAAGAAGUAAAGUUCAACUUUAG